AUGCUGCGCUCGUCUAAUGCUCCUCGGAACACCUUGGCAUCGGUCAAUUACACUUGUGGAGUGUCAGAGGGGACUUUGGUGACCCUGAGCUGCAGCACUGAUGCCAACCCAGCAGCGCACAAAUACAUCUGGUACAGACAGAGUGGCUCUGGAACACUUCACGUGGAUGUGGGAAGGACUACAAACUUCACCCUGGCUCCUGGUGACGGAGGAACUUAUUUCUGUGAGGCGCUGAAUGAAGUUGGCUCUCAGAACUCUACAACAGUGGAAAUUAGUUUGGCAGCAACAUCCGGGUGGAGCACAGGGCAGCUGUCAGCAGUGGUAAUUAUACCAGGCUUGGCUCUCAUUCUGGCAAGUGUGGUCUUUAUUUGCUGGUGGAGGAAGAAGGCAAGUCCAAGUAAAGACAGCAUGACUGAAGAAGAUGAUGGAAAGCAAAACACUGGCAUUGUUUACUGCAACGUCAUAGCAACAGCCUCUGAACCUGCCCUCUUCACGAUGUCCUCUGACCCCGAUGUUGCUGAUCAAGGUGACGUCCACUACGCCAGUGUUCAGUUCGCUCCCGCCAGCAGGCAAGAGGGGGCCCUGAGCAGCCCUACGGCGGAGCAGCCUCAGGUCAGAAUGCCGCAGGAGGAGACGGUGUACGCAGUGGUGAAGGUAUCUGGUCCCACAGCCACUACCAGUCAGUAGUGUUCAGUCACUGAACAGCCAUAACAGCUGACAGUAGUGCCGUCAGGAUGGCCAACACAAGGAGAAAUGAUGUAUGAUGUUAAUUUGCCAAUUAUUUUUGUAAUUCCCUAAUUAUUCCUGUAAUUACCUAAUUAGGUUUCGGUCCCCAUACGUUUUUUUGGGGG